AUGUCGACCACAGAAAAUGCAUCUGGACAGCUCUCGGACCUGCCUCCCCUGAGGAGGCUCAUCACCUCCCACAAUGACGAGUCCAAAGCGAUCGUUCACUCGGCCCAAGAGUUCUCCUGGCAGAGUUACGACAAGGACCAGAUGGCCUUUAGCGUCGUCUACACCACGUCCCAAUUCCCCGCAGACCUGAACAACGACGCCGACAUCCACGCCUACGACUCCCUGAUGCAGAAGGGCACCGGCCUCGUCAACCCGGGCGGCACGGUGAUCCGGUGCGUGGACUUUGCGCCGGGGUACCGCUGCGCCAUGCACCGCACGCAGAGCCUGGACUAUGGCAUCGUGCUGGAGGGCGAGAUCGACAUGGUGCUGGAUUCCGGGGCCGUGGAGCACAUGAAGAGGGGCCACGUGGCCGUGCAGCGUGCGACGCAGCAUCAGUGGGUCAACACAUCGGAGACGCGGUGGGCGCGCAUGAUGUUUGUGUUGCAGGACUGCCAGCCGCUGAAGGUUGGUGGGCGGGAGAUGAGGGAGGAUCUGAGUAAGGGACUGGAGUUCUUGCCUGCUAGUGGGAACUGA